AUGGCGAGUUUCGACGUGUGGAGCCCCGUCAUUUCCUUCCUCGCUAUGAUCCAGUAUAUAAACGCGUUGGUGGGCGCCCGGGGGGAGAUGCGAUCAGUUGACGGCAUUAUAAAUUGCACCUACGACGUCUUUCUUACCGUCAAAGAUGAUUUUGAAAAGCUCCAGGACUAUCUACCCAGUUCACGCAAACGAUACUCCGAGCGCCAGAUCAACCGCACCGAGAGAGAAUUGAAAAAGGCGCGAGAUAUACUGGAUAUUGAAGAAGACCAAAACAUGGGGAAACGACGGAUCAACGAUGUCUAUUGGGUCCUGAAACGGAAGGCCGAUCUACAGAUUUGUUUGACUGCUCUUCAUCAAUGUCAUAGCACGCUGUUGGAAAUACGGUUGGAGUUGGCUAUCUUGGAAAACAAACUGCCAUGGGUCACAGAUCGUUUUACCCUGGAGCCAAGAACGUUGUCAUAUCCACGUUUAGGAUCAUCUGGAGACAUGAAUAAUGUGCAGGGGAGACUAAAGUGGGCUCAAGGAGACUACUCAAAUGGUAGUAUCCUGACUCUGCCAACCUCGAUGCGUCAACGAAAUCUCCUCGCAAGCCCACCGUUAUCCUCCCGCAGCGGUUCCUCAACGAUCUCCCCGCGAUACUCAGCUGUAGAAGAGAUGAGCUUGUGGCUUCUACAGAAGCGCCGCGACGAUGUGUUUGUAUAA